AUGAAGUGUGUAUUAGUACUCUUGGCUGGUUUUCUAGCUGCCAGCGCGGUGAAUCUACCGGGCGUUCCAGUUGACUUUGACCUUAGCGAUAAGGUGCUGUCAGCCAUUGCGGACGAUGUGGCCGAACGGUUUGAGGAGGAAUAUUACACGUACCUAAAAACAGGAGUGGAAACGCCAGCCUUUAAACAGCUAACAGCGCAGUUGGCCAAAUCACACAGCAAAAAGGACAUAUUCACAAAAGACUAUCCUGAAUUAGAUACUCGUGAUAGCUUUUUUGUAUGCACACUUUGUCGCUCUGUGAUUAAUGUGCUUGCAAGGACCAUACGCGAUGAAGAUGGUGAACUGCAUGGCGAGAAUAGCUCGGCUACAAUGAAAGUCAUAGCCAUGGAUGUCUGUCGUCGACUCGAGCUUCAAACUGAAGAAGUGUGCGAGGGUCUAAUUGACUCGCAUAUGCCAACAGCGGAAUAUAUUUUGCGCAACUCGCUUAUAGACUCGCAAAGCUUUUGCUCGCUUUUUAUGGAGUUUAACUUUUGCAAUACUGGCAAGAAUCCUGCUUACAACUGGACACUAAAAGUUGACGAUAAAGGCACAGCAAUGGAUGGGCCCAAGUCGGAUACACCAGCCCCAAGUGCUUCUGAUAUCAAGAUCUGUCACUUCUCCGACAUUCAUUACGAUCCAUUCUACGAGCCUGGCAGUCUGGCUAACUGUGUCGAGCCUUUAUGUUGUCAACGCAACAAGAGCACAGUGGAAGGAACUAGUGAUGCUGCUGGCUACUGGGGGGACUACCGCGACUGCGACUUGCCUUGGCACACCUUCGAGUCGGCGCUGAAUCACGCUGCGGCCACUGAAGAGUGCGACUAUAUCUAUCAGACUGGUGAUGUUGUGGAUCACAUGGUCUGGGCGACGUCUGUGGAGAAGAAUACUGGAGUGCUUAGCAAGGUUGCCAAUCAAUUCACGAAAGUGUUUCCUAAAGUGCCUGUAUAUCCUUGCAUCGGCAACCAUGAGCCACAUCCACUUAAUCUCUUCAGUCCUGAGGAUGUGCCCAGUGAAGUCAACACCAAGUGGCUGUACGAGCACUUAUACAACGACUGGUCCAAGUGGCUGCCAAAGGAAACCAAGGAGACCAUUUUGAAGGGUGGCUACUAUACAGUCUCACCUAAAAAGGGCUUCCGCAUCAUUGCAUUGAACAGCAAUGAUUGCUUGACUGAAAACUUCUGGCUGUAUUACGAUGGCAGCAAUAAGAUUCCGCAGCUGCAAUGGUUCCACGAUACGCUGCUUGCAGCUGAAAAGGCUGGCGAAUUUGUGCACAUCCUGUCGCAUAUACCUUCGGGCGAUGGCACCUGCUGGUCUGUUUGGGCUAGAGAAUAUAAUCGCUGCAUUGCCCGCUUCCACAAGACUAUUGCUGGCAUCUUCAAUGGUCAUUCGCAUUACGAUGAGUUUAAUGUAUUCUACUCUGAGGAAGGAUAUGCUACAGCUGUUGCAUGGAACGGUGGAUCCGUCACUACUGCCAGCAAUAAGAAUCCCAACUACAAAAUAUAUCAUGCCAAUGCUGAAAAUUAUGGCGUAACUAGCGUACUGAGCUACGUUUUCCUAUUGAACGAAGCUAACAAGCAGCCAGAUAAGGAGCCGAACUGGUUCCUUGAAGUCGAUUUCAUCAAAGAAUUCACAAAGGACUUGAGUCCAGCUGGCAUUGACGAAUUGCUAGAGAAAAUGUCUGAAACUCCCGAACUAAUGCGUACGUAUUGGCGGUAUAGAGUAACCUUAGCUGAGCCCAGAUUAACAGCUGGAUGUGAUCGUUACUGUUUGGCUGCCACGCUUUGCCGCGCCGCAACUACAGUCAACACUCAGCGUGAGCGCUGCGAGCACCUCAAGAAGAAACUUUUUAUUGCUCUCGAUGAGGAAGAAAAGAAGGAUGAUGGCGCUGCUACAAUGAGCAUUGUGAGCCUUACCUCGCUUUUGGCUUUGGUACUCGCUGUGAGAUUUGGUUUUUAAAAAACAAUUUGCACUUGCACUAAGUGCAAGUCCAUAAUAAUAAUAAUAAU